UCCGCCCCAAGGCCCCACCCCUCACUAGGAGGGAAAAGGCACUUGCUGGUAGCUCUACUCACAGGCACUGGGACCUGGAGCUGGAGGACUAAGAAGAUAGACUGCUGCUACUUGCCGCAGCUUGGACCAUGGACCCCCAUGAGAUGGUUGUGAAGAAUCCAUAUGCCCACAUCAGCAUCCCUCGGGCUCACCUGCGGUCUGACCUGGGGCAACAGUUAGAGGAGGUUCCUUCUUCAUCUUCCUCCUCUGAGACUCAGCCUCUGCCUUCAGGAACAUGUACCCCAGAGCCAGUGGGCCUCUUACAAACUACUGAAGCUCCAGGGCCCAUAGGUAUCAAGGGCAUCAAGGGUAUUGCUCCUGAGCAGAGCCAGCAGACCUGGCAGUCACCUUGCAAUCCCUAUAGCGGUGGGCAACGUCCAUCGGGACUGACUUAUGCUGGCCUGCCGCCUGUAGGGCGUGGUGAUGACAUUGCCCACCACUGCUGCUGCUGCCCUUGCUGCUCCUGCUGCCACUGCCCUCGCUUCUGCCGUUGUCACAGCUGUUGUUGUGUUGUCUCCUAGCUGACUAUCCAACCUUCAGGGCUGUGGGGCCCAGGUUUCUGCUCAGUGCCAAAGUGGUGCUGGACAUCAGGAGCAGCCAUUGUCAUGAGCAUCAGCCAUUUCCUGCCCUGGGCAGGGGAGCCGGUCUACCAGGAAGGUUCAGCUGGAGCCCUCUGGGAUAGGGUUCCAGCCACUAGCCAUGUUGGCAGCAACAGGGACACCCUUCACGUCCUGCAAGACUUUGGCAAUAAAGCAGGAUGAGCACUGUG